GCAGCAGAUGAACCUGCCUACCUGACAGUGGGAACUGAUGUCAGUGCCAAGUACCGUGGUGCCUUCUGUGAGGCAAAGAUUAAGACAGUGAAAAGGCUUGUGAAAGUCAAGGUAGUCCUGAAGGGGGAUAACUCAACUCAGUUAGUGCAAGAUGACCAAGUGAAAGGACCUCUAAGAGUUGGUGCAAUGGUUGAAACCAGAAUGCCUGAUGGAUCCUUUCAGGAAGCUGUUAUCAGCAAGUUGACAGACGCUAGUUGGUAUACUGUAGUUUUUGAUGAUGGUGAUGAGAGGACCUUGAGACGAACUUCAUUAUGCUUGAAGGGAGAAAGGCACUUUGCAGAAAGUGAGACACUUGAUCAACUGCCACUAACCAAUCCAGAGCACUUUGGAACUCCAGUUAUUGGGAAGAAAUCUAAUAGAGGAAGAAGAUCAUCUCUUCCUGUUACUGAAGAUGAAAAGGAAGAAGAAAGUAGUGAAGAGGAGGAUGAAGAUAAAAGGCGUCUCAAUGAUGAAUUGCUUGGCAAAGUUGUGAGUGUGAUUAGUAAUUCUGAGAAGGCAGACUGGUAUCCAGCUUUGGUUGUGUCUCCGAGCUGUAAUGAUGACGUCACAGUGAAAAAGGACCAGUGUUUAGUUCGAUCCUUUGCAGAUUCCAAAUUUUAUUCGGUUGCAAGAAAAGACAUUAAAGAAUUAGAUGUUCAAAACUUACCAAAAUCUGAGUCCUCUCCUAAAAAAGGGCUACAGGAGGCCAGCACGUUUCUCAACACAAAGGGUGUUCCUCGGAACUGGAAAAUGGACAUAAGUGAAAUUCUGGAGUCCUCUAGCAGCGAUGAGGAAGAUGGAGCUGCUGCAGAAACUGAUGAAGAGGAAGAAAAAAGAGAAGAGAAAACCGAAGAACCUGAGGAAGAGCUUGAUCCUGAAGAGAGGGACAACUUCCUCCAACAGCUUUACAAGUUUAUGGAAGACAGAG